CCUUACACGCCUCCUUUUUAUGUCAAAAAUCCUGCUUUAGCUGCCUCUUUCUCUUUCCCGGUUUUCCCAACCCCACCACCCGGUUUCUCGACCUGUUUUCCGUUCUCCUCCCUGUCGUCUUCUUUCACUCGUUCCUUCUUAAGCGGUUCUCAGUUCAACUUUGUCUCAGUUUUCUUUUGGCCGGAUUACCAGCUCUUACUCUUCAAUUUCUUCUUCUGGUUGCCUCGAAGCGUGUUUAUGGCUCCGAAGGCGGACAUGAUCGAGUGUUAUUGACCAAUCUUAGUUCAAUUUCGCACGAUUUCUUUUUCAGCGAUCACGGUUCGAGAAUCGGUUUCUUGUUGUGAGAGAUGACUUCGGGAACGAGGCAGCCGACGUGGAAGGAGAGGGAGAAUAAUAAGAGGAGAGAGAGGCGGCGGAGGGCGAUCGCGGCGAACAUAUUCGCCGGACUGAGGAUGUACGGAAAUUACAAGCUGCCCAAGCACUGCGACAACAAUGAAGUCCUCAAAGCCCUCUGCAACGAGGCCGGCUGGACCGUCGAGCCCGAUGGCACCACCUAUCGUAAGGGUUGCAAGCCUGUGGAGAGGAUGGAGAUUGUGGGUGGAUCUGCAUCAGUGAGCCCUUGUUCAUCUUACCACCCUAGCCCUUGCACUUCAUACAACCCAAGUCCAGCCUCAUCUUCUUUUCCCAGCCCUGCAUCCUCCUCUUAUGCUACUAAUGCUAAUGUAGAUGGCAGUUCCCUUAUACCAUGGCUCAAGAACCUCACAUCUGCUUCCUCAUCAGCAUCCUCCAAGCUUUCCCAUCUCUUCGUUCAUAACGGUUCCAUUAGUGCACCUGUCACCCCUCCGUUGAGCUCUCCAACUGCCCGAACCCCUCGAAUCAAAGCCAACUGGGAGGCUGCAGGCUGGGAGGGCGCCCACUUCUCUUUGCUGCCAUCUUCUACCCCUCCAAGCCCUGGCCGGCAGAUCCUUCCUGAUUCAGAAUGGUUUGCAGGGAUCCGGAUUCCACAAAGUGGACCAACAUCUCCAACAUUUACCCUCGUAUCUUCAAACCCAUUCGGCUUCAAGGAUGAAAUUAUGGCAGGUGGUGGGCCUCGCAUGUGGACACCUGGGCAAAGUGGGACCUGCUCUCCUGCUGUUGCUGCUGGCUCUGACCAUACUGCUGAUGUCCCAAUGUCUGAAGCAAUUGCAGAUGAGUUUGCUUUCGGAAGCAACACAACAGGAUUGGUUAAGCCUUGGGAAGGAGAGAGGAUUCAUGAGGACUCUGGUUCAGAUGAUCUUGAGCUUACUCUUGGGAGCUCAAGGACUAGGUAAGGAAAUUAAUGCUUCGGCUAAAAGAGGGAAGCUUUCUUGGUGUGAACUGUUGAGUCUGUAUCCUGUUGUUUGUCUGGGGGAAAGGAAAGGAUGUGGAUUGAGGUAAGCCUUUAAAAUCGCUCUUUUUCUUGUCCCUUUUAUUUCGGUAAUGUCUAGCUCUGUUUUUUAACUUGUGGGGUGGUUUUCCGACCCUCUUAUUUGAUUUUCUCAAAACCUCUAAGAAAUGGCUGCUUCAUGAUCUGAUUUGCCAUUGGAGCAAUUGUAAUGACAAUGUGAAUUGGACUGCAUCUCAAUGGUUGAACAUCAUGUUGAGUUUGGGGGUUAGGAUGAUGAACUUGUUUGUACAUUCUUUUAAAAUUAUGAAGUCCUAUUCUAUCUUAUGA